GAUUCAAACCAAAAUGUUAGUAGCCUCUACUGCCCCCUUCACAUCCACACAAACUUCAAACACAACCAACUCUCCUUUUCCAAUUUCUACACUCUUCUUCCUCCAUUUCCAUUCUCCAAUUCGUCUCCAGAAAUCAUCGUUUCUGGUUUCGGAUGGGAACCACCGCAUUGUUUAUCACUAACCCAUUCUCCUCCAUCUUUCACCAACAAAACCUUCCUUCUCCCCUUCUCCAUCCUCACCGUUUUCUCCCUAAACGGGUCUCCGCCCUCCACUGUGCCCACAACCAAAACCCCAUCUCAUCUCCCGCUUUGAUUCGGAGAUGGGUUUUGGUUUCCGGUGUUUCUUUGCUUUCUUCGGCGGCUUUGGGAUUGCAAAACGAGUGUUUGGCUGCGGUUAAGCAAGGCCUUCUUGCUGGCAGAAUUCCUGGGUUGUCUGAACCAGAUGAACAGGGUUGGAGGACAUAUCGUAGACCUGAUGAGAAGUCCGGUGGGCAUGGAGUUGGAUGGAGUCCUAUUAUUCCUUAUGCCUUUUCAGUUCCGCAAGACUGGGAAGAGGUUCCGGUGUCAAUUGCUGAUCUUGGUGGGACAGAGAUUGAUCUCAGGUUCGGAAGCUUGAAGGAAGGUCGACUGUUUGUAAUCGUUGCGCCUGUUCGUCGAUUUUCCGAUGUUAUCGGCGAGGACGCAACCAUUGAAAUGGUUGGACCUCCAGAAAAAGUAAUCAAUGCAUUCGGGCCUGAAGUUAUAGGAGAAAACGUAGAAGGAAAGGUGAUCAGCAUGAGCGUGGCGGAGUAUUCUGGAAGAACGUAUUAUCAGUUUGAAUUGGAGCCUCCUCAUGUUAUAAUCACAGCGACAGCAGCGGGAAAUCGUCUGUACCUAUUCAAUGUAACAGCAAAUGGCCUCCAGUGGAAGAGACAUUACAAAGACUUGAAAAGGAUUGCAGAUUCGUUUCGCGUCGUGUGAUGAAGUUGUUUUGAAACUAGUUGGAGUAGUAUGCAUAUACAUUUUGAUUUACAGGACAAAUAGAUGGUCAAAGCCUUAAGGUUUUUGUUUGAUUGAUCGGCUUUGCACUAUCAUAUGUUUAUACUUCUGCUUGAUGGCGAAUACAUGACCUUGAUAUAUCGAGUCGUAGUUGUAUUGAUCAUGAGAGAAUUGAUAUCGUCGUGUAAAGUAAUUGAAAUUGAAGGGUUGAUGAAAAUAUAUAAUUUUCAGGCCAGUGAUAUAUAAGAACAAUGUUUGAGAGUUGUAA